AGUCAACCAUCAGUUGAGUCUUGAGGCGUUCAGAUGGCUAUAUUAAUUCCAUUGGCCAUCAGAGGUGUAAGGUCUCACCUUGUAAUCUUUCCCUUGCUUCAGUUCUGGGCCGAUCCAUCUGCUGCUUUGUCGAGUUUGGUUUGAUCUGGUAUAUCUCCGGCCAUGAGUAACUGCUUUGUGAAGCCCACCUCUCUGAGCGAAGGUGAAAUCCUUCAGUUGGCCAACCUCAGGAGAUUUGCCUAUAUGGAGCUCAUGACGGCCACGGGGAACUUCCGCCGUGACAGCAAGCUCGGUGAGGGUGGCUUCGGGGUGGUGUACAAAGGGUGGGUCGAUGAGACCACCUUUGCCCCUGCCAGCCAUGGCACCGGCUUACCCGUUGCCGUAAAGAAGCUCAACCAGGAAGGCAUCCAAGGCCACAGGGAAUGGCUGGCUGAAGUGAAUUACCUUGGCCACUUGUCGCACCCCAAUCUGGUGAAGCUCCUAGGGUACUGCCUCGAAGACGUCCGGCACCUGCUCGUCUACGAGUUCAUGCCUCACGGAAGCUUGGAGUACCAUCUUUUCAGCAGACUUUUCCAGCCACUAUCUUGGAAUGUGAGGAUGAAUGUCGCUCUUGGGGCAGCCAAGGGGCUCGCGUUCCUCCAUAGUGACAAGGCCAAUGUCAUCUACCGCGAUUUCAAGACAGGAAAUGUCCUUCUUGAUUCGAGCUACAACGCAAAGCUGGCUGACUUUGGCCUGGCGAGGGAUGGGCCAGCUGAUGAUAAGAGCCAUGUCUCUACAAGGGUCAUGGGCACACAUGGAUAUGCAGCCCCUGAAUAUCUUGAUACAGGGCAUCUGACGACGAAGUGCGACGUGUACAGCUUCGGCGUAGUGCUGCUGGAGAUGCUGUCCGGCCGGCGUGUCCUGUGCAGAAACCAGCCGGCUGACAAGGGCAACCUUGUAAAGUGGGCGCUGCCAUACCUGAAGAGCAAGCGCCACAUUUCCCACAUCCUGGACGCGCGUCUUGGCGGGCAAUACUCCGUUGGUGGCGUUCAGAAGGCUGCUGCACUAGCGCUCCAGUGCAUCUCCGUCUGCCCGAAAGCCCGGCCAGGCAUGGAGCAGGUGGUGGCGGCCCUGGAGCAGCUUGAGGACAACAGGGAGACCGUGACGAGCGGUCAAGGGAUGGCGAGUGGUGGCGCCGCAUGCGGCUUCUUCAGGAUGUGUGGCGGGGGCCGGUAGCAGCAGCAGCAGCCUUAGCCCACGGCAAGGCGGCUGCGCGGGCCGGUGAGCUAGUAGCUCAACCGAAGAAUUCAUUGUAAACAUGGUGCUUCUUGCAUUUGCAAAUUCAGGGCUUUGAUUACUUUUUCUUAUUUAGACAGUAUGAAGACCGGUGGAGUUUUUGUUUUGGGACAAUUCCGCGGUGUCAUUGAUUUGAUUUCCCAU